CCAUCACACAGUCCAAUUCUCCACCCGAUCGAUCUCGCCAAGUCUCGCCAAAUGCGAGAGUUUCGAGCAGUGCAAAAUAACACUCGGAUAUUAACGAACGACGAAGCCAAUUUAAGGUGCUUAUUUUGUGGAACCUUCUUAUGCUGUAAAGUAUGGAGGUAUAAGAAGUGUUACCCACGAGUAGUUUGGUCUCCACUGUAAUCCUUGAACAUGAAAAUGGUUCUAUCACAGCGUCAACGAGAGGAAUUGAAUAAAGCCAUAGCUGACUAUUUGUGCAGUAAUGGCUAUAUGGAUGCUUUGGAAGCCUUCAAGGCUGAGGCAGAUAUGCCGGGGGAGAUUGAAAGAAAAUACGCUGGCCUCCUUGAAAAGAAAUGGACCUCAGUCAUCCGACUCCAGAAAAAGGUGAUGGAAUUGGAAGUCAAGUUAAAUGAAGCUGAAAGAGAAUACAUUGCUGGUGCUCCUACGCGAGACAAACGUUCACCAUCAGAAUGGAUACCCCGACCUCCAGAAAAGUACUGUCUUUCAGGACACAGAGCACCUGUUACAAGAGUUAUUUUCCACCCGCUUUAUUCAGUGAUGGUAUCUGCAAGUGAAGAUGGGACCAUUAAACUCUGGGAUUAUGAAACUGGAGAUUAUGAGAAGACGUUGAAGGGCCACACAGAUAGUAUUCAAGACAUUGCGUUUGAUCAUAAUGGAAAAUUCCUUGUAUCUUGUAGUGCGGAUAUGUCAAUCAAGUUGUGGGAUUUCACUACAUACGAGUGUGUCAAGACAAUGCACGGCCAUGACCACAACGUAUCAUCGGUCACCUUCAUGCCCUCGGGCGACUAUAUUCUUAGCAGUUCUAGGGAUAAGUCUAUCAAAAUGUGGGAAGUGGCUACUGGUUAUUGUGUUAAGACGUUCACUGGCCACAGAGAAUGGGUUAGAAUGGUUAGAGUAUGCAGUGAUGGUUCCUUAAUUGCGUCGUGUUCCAAUGACCAAACUGUGCGUGUUUGGCUGACAGCAACGAGGGAGUGCAAGGCUGAAUUAAGGGAGCACGACCAUGUUGUGGAGUGCAUUGCCUGGUGUGAAGGCAAUGCAUGCACAGCAGUCAAUGAUGCGGUCGCUACAGACAACCGUAAACCUAGUUACCAAGGACCUUUCCUUAUUUCUGGUUCUAGAGAUAAAACCAUCAAGGUUUGGGAUGUAGGCGUGGGUCUAUGUCUCUUCACUCUUGUUGGCCAUGAUAACUGGGUACGUGGCCUUUUAGUUCACCCAGGUGGCAAGUAUAUUCUCUCAGCCUCUGAUGACAAAACAGUUCGGAUAUGGGACAUUAAGAACAAGCGUUGCCAAAAAACCCUUGAUGCUCACUCACAUUUCUGUACUUCAUUAGAUAUGCACCGAAGUGCGCCAUUUGUGAUUACGGGGAGUGUUGAUCAAACCAUUAAGGUUUGGGAGUGUCGUUAAGUUUCUGGGUAUGAAGACAAGCCAUGCCCACCCAUCUCCCUUUGAACUUGGUAGUCACCCCAUCGCCCUACUGCAUGCUACUGUCAACACACAAAAUGCUGAGGCUACUUUCUGCUAUAUCUUGUGUUGUCAUAUUUAUAUUUUCUUAACUAUUAUUGGGUAGUUUUCUCAUAAAUAUCUGUAAACUUUGUCUGCCCCAAAAUUGCUGUGGAAACAUUAAUUCUCAUCUCUGCAAUAAACCUUAGGUAGUCUGUGUUGGAAGAGACCAGGCCAGUAUGCAGUAAGAGGUGCGUGGCACAAUCACUACCGUGUUAGAAGGGAGCCCUCCCAGUAAUUUAUUAUUUUAAUUUAUUAAUAUUAAUACUGUGAGUGUGAAAAGAGCGGCACCUUCAUUGUGCACCACUCUUUUGGUGGCAGUUAGGGCGUGGUUACUUGAAGUUGAAGCUCGAGGGUGUGUAAAGGGUGGGUAUAGAACACCUGUGUAUAGAAGCUUUUUGUAUGGCCUCAUUAUGAUGCACGCAUGUGACAGCUGAGGCGGUGAGCUGCAGAGAGGGUUGGAAGGUUGGGGGUGCAUUGUCAGAGAUAGUGAUAAUUGAUUUUUUUUUAUGCCAAAGAAGAGAAAAAAAAAAAAGUGUCUUCAAAACUAGUGAAUAUCUUUCGCUAACAAAAGCUGAUUUGCAUCUUCAGAGCAGGUGUCGCAAGUGACAAUUCAUUCCCAGGUGUUCAGAACAGAACUUGGCUGACCAUGGAACCAUUUACGUUUGUAAAUAUGUAGGAGCAGAUAGUUGACUAUAAAACAACUAUGAUAUUAGAAAGUGGAGGGCAAGGAAAUACAUAGGCAGCAUUGGGCAUGGCCCAACUUGUUGCAUGUACAUUCAUUAGUGUGCUGUACAUCAGGUGAACAAGUCAAUAGGCUAAAAUUUAACUAAAAUGUUUAAAGUGAAAAAUAUUUAUUAUGUAUAAAUGAGAUGUUUAGUUCCUCAUUUAUGUCGUCAUGGAUUUCAAAUUUGAUUUUGCUCGACUUUUGUCUGAACUUUCCAGAAGCCUAUUGGUUUUGUUUGAUGACAGCAUGCUUGAAAAUUAAAUAUAACUGAGAACCCUGGAGUACAGGAGAGGCUUGUACAGGUGGUCUGGUGCUACAGUGUUUCUGCUGAACGACCUCCAGGAAAAGUGCAGGAAUAUUUAUGGUGGAGUUCACCCCCCUUGUGUGACACCACCUCUGGUUAGGCUUGAUUCUUUAGGGGGACCAGUAUGGUUGAUAACUAUUGUUCAAUGCCAGGUGCUUUUUCACCUUACUCUUUUCGCUGGGUUCAAGUGUGCAAAGCAUCGGGUGACUGUCCAUUGUUCGUUGAUCAAUGGAGUGGCAAAUAUGCGUUUUCAGCAAUGGACAUGAAUGGACAAUAACAAAAUUUCAUCGGUUAAGAGAGUUGCUUGUACUUCGUUUCGAUUGUUGAACCUGUUGAAUCUUUUCUUGCAUUGAACUGGUUGUUGCAUUUCAGGCAGAUUGGUAUCUAUUACUUUGGUUGUGUCUCAUGUCCAGCUAAACAUUUUUUUAAUUAUGCCUGACUCUGUACUAUUUUUUUUUUUUUUCUCCCUCAUUCUUUGUUACUGUUUCUGUGUUUUAUGAUCUGUCAGAUCAUAAGCAGUCAAUUAUUGAAUUCUUAGGCACAAAAGGUGCCUUUAUUACUGACAUACUGUGAUUACCUUUUAUAGUCCUUACAUUUACAGAGCUUUAGUAUAUUUUUUGUAUUUUUGUACUAUUUAACAAUGCUGUCUGCUGUAAAGAGCAUCGUGGCAUUUUAUCUUUUUGAUUCAGUUGUUAAUGCUAAGCUGGAAUUAGAUCGAUAGGUGUAAAACCGUCACCUCCGCAGGUAACGGCAGGGUUAGUAUAUUUACCUUGGUAAUGGAAUAAUGCCAGUGUUAGCAACACUCGAAGUGACCAAGCCUAUCCUGGAAGAAGCUUUCACCUGCAUUACCAGUAAGGGAUCAGUGUGUUCUGUGCACUGGGACUUGAUUGUGCCAGUGCAGUUGAACAUAAUUCAUAUGAUGCUGACUCUCCUAUAUUUGACAACCUCAAAUAGUGGCUGCCACAAAGACUAAGCUGGAAAAGCAUAAUAUUGUAGCCAUUCAUUUUUCAUUGACAUCGAACACAAUAUGCAUGUAGUAGUUACUAAACACUACGAUAAUACAGUAACAUGAAGACAUUUACAAACACACACACCACCAUUAAUAGAUCUGAGGUUUUAAAGAACUAAUAAACUGUUUAACAUUGUAUUAGUGGCAGUCAUAACUUUUUGUCAAGUAUAUGCUGCUUUAGUCAUCAGAUGCCUGCUGAGUGUUGUUUGUCAUUCAACUCCCGCUCCUCUCUCUAGCGCGUAGCCAAAUAGAUUGUAAGUGCAUUUUUUGGUGCAAAUGUCAAUUUUUUUUUUUUCAAAUCAAUAUAGUAUUUAUUUCACAAAUGGAGUGACAGUUGCCUACAUUUAUUGAAAUUGAGUGGUUAAGAAAAAGAAAAAAAGAAGCUGCCAGAUUGCAUUGGGGCAUGGUUCAGUUGAUGCUUUCUCAUAACACAGUUGUGUACUUAGUGACAGCAAGAGGUAGAGGUAGGCCGAGUGUAACCCUACUCCUUGCCUGAAGCCCAAGUUUGUAAAAGGUAUAAUACUUCUUUGGAGUCCAGUUUCCUUUUAAGCUAAAAAUGGAAUGGACUUGUGUAACACAGUGUCCAGCAACAUUGUCUUUCAUGAAGCAGACUUUGCCUCACACCAUUACAUUAGUUGCCGCUUUAAGUCCUGAUACAUUCCAUAGUAAAUGGCAGACUUGAGUGGUCUGUCCUUUAAGGUAGAGAGUGACUUCAACUACAGUAGGAUAAACAUAAAUCUUUAUAUUUAGUCAUUAAGUGCUAAAAAUCUUGCUUGGCCAUAAAUUUGUCUGAUCCUGAAAGGUAAUGCUUGCUGACAACUAUAAUUUAAUGUAUGAAAUAACUAACCUAACUUUUGUCACCAUAUAGUCACAUACACACACUAAUAACGUAUCUUUGAUGUUCAGUACUCCAAUAAUAACUUUGACGAUAAUAAUCAGUGAAUCCAUGUACCUUUUGUUUCCAUAACCGAAUGUGCUAAGACCAGUGGGUUUGAGUAUAGGAAAAAAAUUAUAGAUGACUGUGUGCAUAUAUGUAUUCAAACAAUAUAUAUAUGUAUACAUACUUUUCAUUAAGUUGAAAUAAAUAUUUUUAAUUACUUUAAACACAAAUUAUCUAAUAUAUUAAAAGCAGAUUGCUUAGAAACAUGAACCAAUCUUGUCUUUCAAAAUGUUUGUAGUAGUGAGCAGAUAAUGUGCAUUUAAGGAAAAAAUUUGGCAUAUGUUUUGAUUGAGAAGAAAAUUGAUUAAAAUAUGACCGAGUUAACAGACUGACUUGAAAUCACCUCUACCACCUCCCUCAGAAAUUCAGUGAGUAGAUUAUUAGCCAAGCAAGUCAAUGAUAGGCUUUGACAAUAGACUUUAUAUAUAUAAAUAUAUAUACAUAAUACAUAUAUAGUAAAUUUUAUAGAUCUUUGAGUGACAUGAUUUGCACCCAGGAGCACAUUCGAGUACUGUCAAAACUUCAUGCAAUCACUGGAGACCUGUCUAUGAAAAGUUAUAAUGGUUGUUGAGACUAUAAAUGCUCAUUCCGGCAGAUCAUGUUGCAUAGACUUUUUAUUUAUUUAUUUCUCCUUGAUUCGUAGUCUUAAUUUUUCAGCAGCAUAUAGCAAACUGAAACGCUUGUAUGUUCACAAGAGGAAGAAGUCAUCACAUCCUCCGAGCGAUUUCAGGCACUGAUCUUUUCUUUAGUUCACUUCAGUUUUCAGGUGUUCAGGGCUUCUGCUCUUGCUAGGUUAGAGAGACGUCUCACCCUGAAUAUGUACAGGCACCCUGAUAUAAGCACACCAAAGCUGAAAUUGUUUUUUGGUUAGCUAUUGUGUAUAAAAAGUGAACUAAAUUUCUCAUAUACUCAUUAAAAUUGAUGUUCAAAACAGUCUUUUAGUGAUCCAAUUUAGUGUUGACAGAUUAGUGAAGUCAUUCAGUGGUCAUGGGUUUUGUAGCCAGAUGUUAUUCAAGUCAUUGAUGUUUGUGUUGUUUCCUUAGUAUUUGAUGUUUUGGUGAUCUGCUGAACAAUUUUCCCCCUCCCCUUAAAGAGGAAAAACAGAACAUAUUUGGAAGAGAUUUUUAUUUCAUCUUCAGAAAUUUGCAUGGCAGAAAUUAAUUGUUUUUGCAGCUUUUUUGCUUGUUUUUUCAUGUUUAUGUGCAUGUUUAUUUUAUCUCCUCGUGUGACGUUUGGAGAGAUUAGAUAAUUAUUUUCAUUGUUGGUAUUGACAAUUUAAAAUGUGUUGUAGAAGAGCAUCAGUAGAUUUUAAUAUUCCAAAAGUCAGGUUUCUAAAUGUGUCAUCUUUUGGUUUUAAAGGUUAUUGGAAUUUUUUUACCAUCAUGGCAGCUCAAAUUUAAAGCAAGUUUUUAGCGUAUGGAAAAAUGCUUUAUUUUUUGUUCAUUUUUUAUUUUGUUUUAUUAUUAUUUUUUUUUUUUAUAAUUCAAGGGCUUAGAUGCUUUGUAUUGAGUUUAUUGCUAUCGAGUCUGUAUAUAAAAAUCCUUUCUCUCCUCUGUACAUUUAUUCUGUAAACGUAAGUAUCUGCGAAUAAAUUCAGUGUACACCA